CAGACAGCUUGAAGGAGACUUCAGGGGAGGUUAGGAGUACAAUUACAGUGUAUAUACAGGGCAGGAACCCUGUUGUUGUUUUCUUUUUUUUUUUUUGUUCAUGAAUUUGUUUAUUUUUGUAAAAUGUAUUAUUUGUUGAAUGUUGCGCUCCUUUUUAACCGAGUUAGAAUUUAAUCAGAGAGAGAGAGAGUGAGAAACAGAAAAGGCUUCCGGUAGCAUGUAGAGGUUUUAGAGGUCUAAAAUACAAGUUUUUGUGUUUUGUGUCCAAUAUUACUGCGCUAUUCGUAGCAGCGUUUCACUUUCUGAGGAGGAGCUCAAGACAACAACAAAGUCAGAUGAUAUUUUCAAAAUGUUAGAUGAUUUUAUGACUUCAGCAGAAAUCAGCUGGACUAAUUGCACUGGGGUCUGCACUGAUGGAGCCGCAGCAAUGACCAGAAAGCAUGAUGUUGCACCUCACACAAUUUGGGUGCAUUGCUUUUUGCACCAAGAGGCGCCUUCUGGGAAAGAUAUUGAACCAGAUGUUCUCAGUGUUCUGAACACAGAUGAAUACAGCACUGCUUUUUCUGCAGCACUGAAAGUGGUGGUCCCAUUCGAAACCAGAUUUUCAGCCAUGGCAUAGAUGAAAACAAAGUACAAGAAUGGAUGAACAUUGACCAUGACAUGCUCAUGUGCUUGGUGAAGAGAUCUCCACAUAUUGACCGAUUUGUUACUCAGCACCAGCAACAAGUUUCACAUUGAGAACCAGAACAGAGAAGAUGGGGUCUGUAGCCUGGGCAAAGGGCUGCCUCAGAGCCAAUGUCUACACAGAAGUGCCAGACGGGGGCUGGGGCUGGGUUGUAGCACUGGCCUUCUUCUUUGUGGAAGUAUUCACAUACGGAAUAAUCAAGAGCUUUGGGAUAUUCUUCCAGGACCUGAUGAUCCAUUUCAAUGAGUCCAACAGCAGAGUGUCCUGGAUAAUCUCCAUCUGCGUCUUUGUCAUGACUUUUACAGCUCCCCUGUCUUCAGUGUCAAGCACCCGUUUUGGUCAUCGCCCUGUCGUCAUGGUGGGAGGAGCACUGAUAAGUCUUGGAAUGAUUUCAUCUGCAUUCGUAAACUCGAUUGAGCAAAUGUACAUCACUGUGGGAGUCGUUUCAGGCCUGGGAUACUGCUUCGCCUUCCUGCCUACUGUCACCAUCCUCUCCCAAUACUUCCAAAAGCGCCGAUCCCUCGUCGCCGCUAUCGCCUCUACUGGAGAAUGCUUCUUGGUUUUUGUUUUUGCACCAGCCUUUACUGCGCUGAAGGAUUACAGUGGCUGGAGAUGCUGUCUCAUAGUGAUGGGAGUGCUUCAGUCCACAAUCAUUCUCUGUGGAGCUCUACUCCGGCCAAUAGUCAUCCAGACCAAGCAAGAAGUGGUGCAUAAAACUCUGAUUAAACAGAUAGAGACCAAAUACAUGCUUGACAAUGAGCAGACGCGCACAUCGAUCGACUCGGUAGACUCAGGUGUUCAGUCUUUAUCGACCUCAUGCACCAACAUUGCUGGACACAGCAAAGAGGAGGAGAUGGAAAUGGAAAAGAAGGAAGAGGAGACGGGAAUGCUUCCCGGAGCCUCGGUGGAGAAGGAAGAGCCCUCAGCCCCACCUCUGAGAAACAAGCUGCUGGAUUUCUCAGUGCUCAAGAACUGCAGUUUUAUUUGUUACGCACUGUUCGGGCUGUUUGCCGCACUGGGAUUCUUUGCGCCCCAGCUGUACGUUAUCCCUCUCAGCAUCAGUUUGGGCAUUGGGAAGGAUCAGGCAGCCUACGUGUUGUCUGCCAUGGCUGUGGCGGAGAUCUUUGGCAGGAUCUCGAUAGGCUGGUUGCUCAACAAGAAGCCCAUCCGGAAGAUCUACAUUGAGCUGAUCUGUGUCCUGCUGCUCUGCCUGGUGCUGGUAGUCUUCCCCUUUGUCUAUGAGUUCUGGGGGCUAAUGGUCUGCUGUGUGCUGUAUGGCUUCAUGCUGGGCACAGUAGCCGCCUCACACAUCCCCAUGCUGGCAGAGGAUGAUGUGGUGGGAAUUGAGAAGAUGCCGUCUGCAGUGGGAGUGUAUAUCUUCAUCCAGAGCUUUGCAGGGUUGGCUGGUCCACCCCUGGGAGGUUUUUUGGUAGACCUCACAGUAGAUUAUGGUGCUGCUUUCUAUUCCUGUGCUGCUGGAAUGGGAGUGGGAGCCAUUUUCUUGGCUCUGGUACGACCUGCAAAGACUGGCCUUUGUAACAGAAGGAAGAAACAGCAGCAGAGCUCCAAGGCUCCAAGCUGCGAAAAUCUAACUCAGGACAACACAAUUGUUGUGGAGCUUCCAGAUGAUUUCCUUGACCUUGACAUUGUUGCGGAAGAGAGCCUUUCCAAAAGCAAGUCAGGAGACAGCUCAGCCAGAGCGAGAUCAAUUUGAAGAGAGAGAAAAAAGGGACACACAAACAGACCUCUCACCACGAAGCUAAUGCCCGAUAUCACAAGCACUGGCCUUUAUGUUCUGCAUGCUUCUAAUGUACUAGAAGUAAAUUAUUAAGUUAACCCUGCUUAUUUAAGAAAAUGUAAAGGUGCGAAAAAAGACAUUUUUACACAAGUUGCACAAUCUAGUAAUUCUGAAUGCUGACGUUCAGUUUGUAUAACAAUUGCAGAAUAGAUUUAUUUUUAUUUUUUUAUUUAAAAAAACAAACAAAACAACAAAAAGCAUUUAAGGGUAUUUUUGCACCGUUCCUUUAUGCCAUGCAGACCAUGACAUAUCUGGUGUUAGAAGUGUCAAAUAUUUUUUCCCAUGAGGGCUUCAAUUUUAAUAGUUUACAUACCAGAUGUGUAUAUGUAACUAAUCAGAAAAAUUAGAAGAAAUCCUAACGCUGUGUUGCGGGAAAAUUCACAGUUCCAUUCGCAGUGAAACAACUGGUUUCUGUUAUAUGUUGCAUUCAAAUAAUAGUUGAAAUUUUCAGGGCUGGAUUAAGUCCGCUUUCUUGUUCUUAUGUAGUGGCCCAUAGUCGGUAAAGGUACUAUGACUAUCUAUGAGCAAGGUUAGUAGGUAUAACGUUUAGUAGGGAAACAAAAAAAAAAAGUUUUAACAAAUGUAAACAGGGAAUCUGUAUCAAGAGUAAUACAGCUCCUAAGUGAAUGUAGGGGUUUUCUAAAUAAGUUUUUAUUUCUAUUAUGUAUCGAGUUUAGUUGGGUACAGAAAAAGGAGGAUUUUCUGAGUAUUUAAGCAAUCGAAGGAAAAUGAGGGCAUGGACCAAAGCAAGGAAACAGAACUUUGGCAGAUAAAACUUCCCCAUUAAUAAAAUUGCCUUUUGGGAUUGCCUUUUGACUAUUUUCUGUUGGGACAGAGACUAGUUUUAAUCUUCAUGUUCUUCAAGGUUGUCCAGAGUAGUUUACAUGAUCUGGAACCCAUAUAGUCUCAAGUUAUAGCCUGCUGUUGGCUUGUGGAAAUAUUAGUUUACAUUGCCUUCACAUUGACUGGACAGUAGUACAGCUUGUCUCACUGGAAUAUUUAUUUUAAACCUUGCUAAAUUGUAGCUAAUUUAUUCUUUUACAAUUGUAAUUAUUCCAGCUUCUUUCUUUUUUUAAAUCAGCUGUUGUCAAUCCACUGAAAGUUUAUUUGAAACUUUAGUACCGUUUCAGUGUUUUUUGUUUACUGGUAUAUAGAAAAAUUGACUUGUUGCUCAAUUUUUUGUCUCAGGAUGAAUUGUUGCAAGUAAUUUGGUGAGUAACGGUGUAAUGAAUUAGUCUGAAUUUUGCAGCUGUAGAUACAUGUCAUUCUUUUCUUUUCUUUUUUUCACGUAAAAGUAAUGUAAAACAGAAAAUCUAUUCCCAGAUUUGGAAUAAUGCUGUAAUGUUAUCUACUGAGAAAGAAUAAACUAAAUCAAAACUG